AUGAGCGAAUUCAGCAUCAAGGUCAAGAAGAUCUUCGAUCUCAAGGGCCUGCGGCAGCGACUCUCGGACUCCGGGUGGGUGCUCGCCGCCAAGGAGGAUCUGUACGAUCACUAUAACUUUCCCACGGCGCGGUGUGCUGGGCAGGGGUAUGAGGAUUACUAUAACUUUCCGAGGGCGAGGGCCGCAGGGGAGGGCUGUGGACGGCGGCCGUGA